AUGUCAUUUGUUGUGACUUUUGCUACAACAGCGCCUGUAAGUGAUGAUUUGAGUAUUGUGCGUGAAAAUGUUCGUAAAAUAAUGCUUUGGCCUUCUCCAGAACAAUUGUCUGAUGUUCUUGCACAAGCAAAAGCAAAUCUUAGCACCUUAGAUUUUGAUACUUGUCAGUGGCCUGAUCUAAAUUAUACAACACGUGGUCCAGAAAACUGGGAUCCAGUUUUACAUAUGUUUCGUAUUGCGACGAUGACAGCAGCAUAUACUGUUCCGGGUGGAUUCUCAAAUGACACGAAAUUAUCCUUAGGCAUUCAUUGUGCUCUAAAAGUAUGGAUUGAGCAAGAUUGGCAAAAUCCUAAUUGGUGGUGGAAUUAUAUUCAAGAUCCAUUAAUAGCUACUGGUAUUAUGAUGAUGUUAGGUAUAGAACGAAUGACGACAUAUGAAAUUGAGGCCAUCGUGAAGAUGUCCUAUCGUGCCAAUUGGUGGAUUAUAGAUUGGGAUGGUGGUGCCAAUUUAGUAUGGGAAUUACAAAUACAGUUAUAUCGUGGUUUAGCGACAUCAAAUUAUUCGGCGGUGUCACAAGCUUUCGAACUGAUGUGGAAUACAGUACAAAUACAAAAUCUUACAACAAUGGGUAUACAAACAGAUUGGUCAUAUCAUUUUCAUGGUUCUCAAUUACUUCCAGCAGCAUAUGGUGAUGCAUGGGCAACAAAUAUUCUCCAUUUUCAUAUGGCCACACGUGGCACACAAUAUGCUCUAUCGAAAGAUCGUUUGGAAGUUUUCGGUCGAUUUUUAACACGAGGUGAUGCUUGGUUUACGAUGGGUAGUGUAUGGAUAUGGUCUCUUAUUGGACGUAUUAUCGAUCGCGGUGUACACGUUUGGUAUUCACAUUUGUUUCCAUCUGAUCAAUUACGUGAACUAGCAAUGGAUAUGACAGAUAAUACGACUGCAGUUGCAUUAUGUGAAUAUGCUGGUCGUCUUGAGCAUAACCAUCGAACUGUACCUUUAGUUGGUAAUCGUCAUUUCUAUACAAGCGAUUUCCAAGUACAUCGACGAGUCAAUUGGACAGUAGCAUUAAAAAUGCAUUCUGCUCGUGUAAUAGCUACAGAAUGUUUUAAUAAUGAAAAUUUAAAAGGUGAACAUAUUGGCGAUGGAACAUUGAAUCUCUAUACGCGUGAUGCUCAAUAUGGUGGUGGUGAAGAAUAUGAAAAUAUAUUCGCUCUACUGGAUUGGCAAGCCAUUAAUGGUAUUACCGUUGAAGCUGAUACACCGUUAGUUCAUUGUGAUCGAGGUAAAUUACCGAUGCUUAAUACAACAUUCGUUGGUGGUGUUAGUGAUGAUAUGUAUGGAGCAGCAUUAAUGGAUACUGCAACACGUAAUUUAACGGCGAAACGUUCAUGGCAUUUCUAUGAUACAUACAUUGUUGCAUUAGCAAAUAGUAUUCAAGAUAAUACAACUGCUUUAUUACAAACAGNCGUUGAAGCUGAUACACCGUUAGUUCAUUGUGAUCGAGGUAAAUUACCGAUGCUUAAUACAACAUUCGUUGGUGGUGUUAGUGAUGAUAUGUAUGGAGCAGCAUUAAUGGAUACUGCAACACGUAAUUUAACGGCGAAACGUUCAUGGCAUUUCUAUGAUACAUACAUUGUUGCAUUAGCAAAUAGUAUUCAAGAUAAUACAACUGCUUUAUUACAAACAGCUCUGGUGAGUCGAUUAUUACCUGCAGCUGAUACUUUACCAGGAAUACUAACAGUGCAAUGGAGUAAUGGUACGAGAAUGAUAUUACCUGAUGGUAUUUAUACAUUUUCAUACGAUCAACCACGUAUUUUAUGGUUUCACGCUGAUGGUACAGCUUGGACUAUUUUAGAAGAAUACCAAACAUUAAUGAUUGAUUGUCGUAAUAAAACUGGUAAUGUUGAUCAAAUAGGUCCAUGGGACUUUCAAAUGACUGGUCGUAUCUUGACUGUUGUCAUUAUUCAUGGACGAGGUCCCACAAUUGAACCUUUUUCUUAUAAAUAUAUGAUUACACCCAAUAUUACUGUAGAGGAAAUGACUCAAUACUGGAAACAUUACUUAGUUCUAGGAAAUAAUGCACAAGCAUUGACUUUCACGCAAAGUCAAGGCGAACCAUUGUAUCUUCAUGGCACUUGUGAUUCACUUCUUCAACGUGCUUCAGUUUUAUUAUUCGACAAAAACUUUCUCAAUGGCAGCACCACAUAUUAUAAUUGUAGUAGCAUGUCACUUAGCAUUUAUUUGGAACAGCCAGGUGCUAUUUUAUUUAGUGAGAACACCGAUAGUUUUACAAUUACAGCAGCACAUCCAACUAUGGCAACAGGUACAUUUGUUGUCAAUGUAAAUCGAGCAAGUAGUGCGACUAGCCAAUGUACAAAUAGUUGGAAUUUCGAAAACGGUACACGAGUUUUGAUUUCAUUACCUGGAGAUCCACAAUUACUUGGAAAAAGUGUAUCGGUUACAUGUACAAAAAGAUAA